GGGGUUUGAAUUGCUUAUAAAUACCCUCUCUGAAUCUGAGAGCACACGAGACGGUCUCCAGCUCCUUUGGCUUUGCCAUUCUGCAGGGCUCUCCUGGCCAGGAACCAUGAGGCUCUGGGUCUGCAUCGCGUUGCUCUCCACCGUUCUGUGUGCAAGUGCUGACAGACCAAGGAUAGUUGAAGGAAUAAUCCGAGCUGGACAAUUUGUCUGGGAUGCAGCGGGAGGGGCGCAUGAUAUGUUCAGAGCAUACAAGGACAUGCGUGAGGCAAAUUACAAAGGUGCCGACAAGUAUUUUCAUGCCCGUGGGAAUUAUGAUGCUGCCCGGAGAGGACCUGGUGGUGCUUGGGCAGCAAGAGUGAUCAGCGACGCCCGGGAGAACUGGCAGAGCGGCGUGAGCGGUAGAGGCGCUGAGGACACCCGGCUGGACCAGGAGGCGAACGCGUGGGGCCGGAGCGGUGGGGACCCGAACCGCUACCGGCCCAAGGGGCUGCCCCGCAAGUACUAGCGCUGUACUCCGCUCCUGUCACACCUCCCUUUGUACAGCCCAAUAAAGGAAUCCUCCUGAGAACUGUU